AUGGCUUCUCUUCAAUUGCGCGCUCAGCGUGCUGCUCUUCGGAGCUUGUGGACACCCACCACAGCUGGUUGUCGAACUACAAGGUUACCUGCGUCUUUCUCCCACUCUUACGCUACAGAGAUCGAGCCUGAAAGACCGAAUAAGAACACCCCCGCCCGACAGAGUAACGAAACAAAGGUGGGAAGGACAUUCCAAGGACAGGUCAUGGGCAGUAUUGGAUCUCGAUUAAGGCGUGAGCGGGAGCAGAGGGAGAAGUACGAGGAGUGGCGCAACAUGACAGAUCCUACAAGGAACUGGAUGGUGACAUUUGUCUUCCUAUCAGGCGUUGGUAUCUCAUAUUGGCUUGGUACAUAUUGGCCAAGAGACCCCGAGCCUACGUCGACACUACCUCUCAACAAGUCCAAAGCUCCAAAGCACAACACAAAGCUUGAGAACAUGCAGGCUGCCUGGGCCGACUUUGUCAAGAUCGUCGGCCAAGACAAUGUCAGCACCGCCGAGAACGACCUCGAACACCAUGCGACAUCCAGUUGGUCCUCUCACCAGGCUGGCCCCGAAGACCGACCCUUUUGCAUUGUCUAUCCCUCAAGCACUGAAGAGGUGUCUGAGAUUAUGAAGGUUUGCCAUAAGCGCAAGAUUCCCGUUACAGGCUAUAGCGGCGGUACCAGUCUCGAGGGUCACUUUACACCUACCCGCAAGGGCAUCUCCAUCGACUUUGGUCGUAUGAACAAGAUAAUCAAUCUUCACAAGGAGGAUCUAGAUGUUGUUGUCCAGCCUGCGAUGGGCUGGGAAGCUCUGAAUGACCACCUGGGGCAUGAGGGUCUCUUCUUCCCUCCCGACCCUGGUCCUGGUGCUAUGAUUGGAGGCAUGAUUGGCACUGGGUGCAGUGGCACCAAUGCCUAUCGCUAUGGUACUAUGCGCGAGUGGGUUCUCAGCCUGACUGUCGUUCUUGCUGAUGGUACUGUCAUUAAGACCCGGCAGCGACCUCGCAAGAGCUCUGCCGGCUACGAUCUCACCAAGCUGUUUAUUGGUUCCGAGGGUACCCUUGGCCUCGUGACUGAGGCUACUCUCAAAGUUACCGUCAAGCCCGAGUCUACCAGCGUCGCUGUCUGUAGUUUCCCCUCUAUCCGUCAUGCCGCUACUUGUGUGAGCAAGGUCGUGGCCCAGGGCAUCCCCGUCGCUGCCGUCGAGAUCCUUGACGACAACCAGAUGAAGUGCAUCAACGAUGCGGGUAUGACAUCGCGAGCUUGGACAGAGGCAGCAACCCUCUUUUUCAAGUUCGCCGGAACUCCCGCCGGUGUUAAGGAGCAGGUCGCUCAGGUGCAGGGGCUCGCUAAGCAGGCUGGCAGCAAGACCUUUGAGUUUGCGAAGAGCCAAGAAGAGCAGGACGAGCUGUGGAGUGCACGAAAGGAGGCUCUCUGGAGUACCACAGCUGUCAAGAAGCCCGGUGACCACGUGUGGACGGGCGAUGUCGCUGUGCCCAUGAGCAAGCUACCAGAUCUGAUUGAGGCUACCAAAGAGGACAUGACAAAGAGUGGCCUGUUUGCUUCCAUCGUAGGACAUGUCGGUGACGGCAACUUCCACACUAUUCUGCUGUACAACGAUGCUCAGCGUGCAAAGGCUGAGGCUGUCGUGCAUCGCAUGGUCAAGAAGGCUGUUGAGAUGGAGGGUACCGUCACGGGUGAGCACGGUGUUGGACUUGUCAAGCGGGAUUAUCUCCCUCACGAGCUCGGCGAGUCUACAGUUGACGCUAUGCGACAGAUCAAGAAGGCCUUUGAUCCUCUAUGUUUGCUCAACUGUGACAAGGUUGUGCGGGUGCAAAAACCUAAGAAGGGGGAGGUCGACGAGUGGUAG